UAGUCUAUGAGACCAGGCUGUUAUGAUAUGUCCCUGCUCAGCCUCUAUAGUAUCAGGAACAUGUAGGCAGGCAUACAGUACACAUGUGGAAACACACAUCUCCACUUAUCCACUGCUGCCUCUGGGUGGGAGGGCCAGACCCCCUCAACACCACUGGCCCGAGCCGUGAGAAUGCACACGGGUAAGGGAGGGGACACAGACUUGACGUCAAGGAAACCCUCUCUCGCGCUGAGCCCUCCUUUAUAUAAAUCUCGCCGCGGAUGAAAUCCCAUAAUAACAUUAGAGAGAGACCGAUUUACGGGAUUACUCGCGCUCACAGUGGUCAGAGACCUCAACAACCAAACAGCCUCUUCUUCUCUCUCCCCUCUCGAGGAUUUAACUGUCUACCGGCACUAAUGCGUGACUUCCACCGAUGUGGGACAACUUCUGACAUUUGCUCGUAGCAUUUGAUGAACUCUUAUUCAUGAGUUUGGACAUUUGGUUGUAUCCAGUCUUCAUCCAUUUCAUUUAAUUAUGGACUUGUAGGAUUUAUUUAAAUUUCUGAGAAUACUGUGGAGAUUCACAUCUAUUCCAUUAUUUGUCGUAUAGUCCAGUCCAAGGGUGUUUUUUCAGCGCACCUUUAUUUUUAAGGCCGAGUUUUAUUAGUUAGAUUUAUUUUAUUAUCUUAUCAUCAUGCUGUUGAGCAUGCGACGACACAGUCUGCGGCUGCAGCACCAACUCCACCGGUGGAGCAUCAGUGAUACCGGGAGCCACCUCUCAGACAGCCUCGCGCCUCCAGCCUGCUUGUCCCGCUCCAAAUCCUGUACGAACUCCGCCGGGGAAUCGGAUGGGAGCCGCUACAGCUUGGGCCUCUUCAGACUCCACAGACUCCUUCAUCUCCACUGAAUCUACCGGGAAUACCGGGGGUAGCUCGAGACCGUUUCGCGUGGUGCUGCUGGGCGCCAGAGGGGUCGGUAAAUCCGCGAUUGCCAGCAUCUUCGCUGGAGCGAUGGACAGCAUGGACAGUGACGAGGUCGAGCUCUAUGGAGGUGAAUGAAUUACAAUGUGCUUGAUAGUAAGGAAAAUAUGUUUUAUAGGGUAGGCCAAUAUUAUAAAUUAGGGAUGGAUGUAUUUAAUGUUUUUGUGUGUAAUGGGCACAUAGGGAAACAUCCACUUGGGCUCCUUUUUACGCAUCCAUCUUACAUCAAUAUAAAAGUACGGUGCUUUAACAAUUAUAUUUGUAUGAAUCUAAAUGUCGAUGUUGGUUGUGAAAGUGCUUCUUAACACAGUGAUUGGUUUGUGCUUUAGAUGAGGUGUGUGAGCAGACAAUCACAGUGGAUGGAGAGAAAGCCACAGUCACUCUAGUGGACAACUGGGACUCAGAGGUAAAGAGAGAAGCUUCUUAUGGUUACUUGAUUAAACUCUAGUCUGUAGGCCUAGUCUCAACUCUGUCUUGCUGUGUGUGUGUUUUUGCCAUACUCUAACAGUGUGUUUACAUAUCACAGCUCUAACCUAGUCUCUAUUUUGUGUUCCCUUCAGGAUGAGGGAGGGUCGUCUCAGGACCAGUGUAUCCAGACAGGUGAUGCGUACCUGCUGGUCUACUCUAUAACUGACCGGUCCUCCUUCCUGCAAGCCUCAGAGCUGCGUAUAUCCCUCCGCCAACACCGCCCCGCCCACCACACGCCAAUCAUCCUGGUGGGAAACAAGUGUGACCUGGUCCGCCGCAGAGAGGUGUCAAUUACCGGUGAGAUUAGAGGCACAGGCUUGGUGUGUGUGUGCAUGCAUGCACAUGUGUAUGUGUUACAGAGGGCUGUGGGUGAGCUAUGGUGUUUGAUAGUGAGUGUGUUUCUGAGUUUCUCGGCAGCUGUCUGACUGUGUGGGACUGUUUUUGUCUCCAGAGGGUCGUGCGUGUGCCGCAGUGUUUGACUGUAAGUUCAUCGAGACGUCAGCAGCGAUGCAACACAACGUCUGGCCAGCCUUCCAUGGCAUCGUACAGCAGCUACGACUACGCAGAGACACCAAGGAGAACAACGACCGCCGCAGACACACAUACUCACACACACGCUGCGACAGCAUACCCAAGAAGGCCAAACGCCUCCUGGACAAGAUGGUGGCCAAGAACAAUGCCAACGCCGCGUUCCGUCUGAAGUCCAAAUCCUGCCAUGACCUUUCAGUGCUCUGAGACCCAGGACACACGCACACACACACAGCCCCGCCCCUACUGCAGUCUACAUUAGACUGACCCCUCAAAACUUUCACCCCAUUCGCCAGCCUCUGUGACGGUCUGGAGAAUCAACCAAUGGACAUGCAGUGUUCUGACACUGAAAAAGGAAAAGAGAGAGAGGUGCCAGAUCAUUAGUGAGCUCUAAUCCUUUUAGGGUCAUGAGAUAUGUUAAUUCCUGUCCUUUAUUCAUCUCUCACUCUCUCCUCUCUCUCUCUUUCUGCUUUAACUAGGUUACCAGGGCAGUUUUCAGUCUGACAACAAGGUGUUUGUAUGUCUGUGGUUUUGUACAUAGUCCUAUCUGUCCAAAUGAGAACUGACAAUCUGCACUGCUUAUAUUGUGUAUGUUUUGCUACGUGUGGAUAUUUUCCAUUGGUUUUGUUUAGCUGUGG